UUGUUCGUCUUCUUGUUUGUCCAAUGGGAUCCCUAUUCUCAAGGAGCUCUAUCAGAAGAGCGUAAUUUACGGAGUCUCAUGUAAACCGCAUUCGUCUUCUUCUCUGUCUCUCUUUCUACCUCUGCUUUUCAUUCUUCCUUCUUUUUUUUCUUCUCCUUCUUCUUCUUCUCUAAAGAGCUCCCUUUUAAUACCUCCCCUCAUGGUUAGUAUCCGCUUGGCGUUUAAAUUUGCUUCUUUAGGAUGGGAAGGGUGAAAUUGAAGAUAAAGAAGUUAGAGAACACAGCAGGGCGCCAAGCCACGUUUGCUAAAAGGAAAAAUGGGAUCUUGAAAAAGGCUAGCGAGCUUUCUGUUCUUUGCGACAUUGAUCUUGUUCUUCUUAUGUUCUCUCCUACUGGUAAACCUUCCUUAUGUUGCGCUCAACGAAGUAGCAUUGAAGAGGUGAUUGCAAAGUUUUCUCAAGUAACACCAGAGGAAAGAGCAAAAAGGAAGAUCGAGGGUCUUGAAACCUUGAAGAAAACUUUCCAAAAGUUGGAUCACCAUGUAAAUAUACGAGAUUUUAUAUCCUCUAGUAAUCCAACAACCGAGGACUUGAGUACUCGAGCAAGGAUUCUGCAAGAUCGAAUUUCUGAAAUACAUGGAAGAUUACGUUAUUGGACAGAGCCUGAUAAGAUAAACAACGUUGAAGACUUGGGACAGCUCGAAAUCUCGAUCAGGCAAUCCCUUGAUCAGUUGCGUGCGCAUAAAGAACAUUUUGGACAGCAGCAACACGCAAUGCAAAUCGAAAACGCAAACUUUGUUAAAGAUUGGUCAACCAGCUUGUUGCAAGAUGGGAUUCAGAUUCCUUUGGAACAACAGCUUCAAUCUAUGCCAUGGAUUCUUAAUACCAACACAACCAACAUUGUCACUGAGGAACACAACUCAAUCCCACAGAGGGAAGUUGAGUGCUCAGCGAGUUCUUCAUUUGGGAGCUAUCCAGGAUACUUUGGGACAGGGAAGUCUCCAGAGAUUACGAUUUCAGGUCAAGAAACAAGCUUUCUUGAUGAGUUAACCAACGGACAUUUGAAACCACAAACAAUUACUCAGCAGCAGUUCACAGAUAAUAGCGUUAUCCCAUACAUUCCCAGUCUGCAGAACGAUCUGAAUCAUCACCAAACGUUGCCUCUUCCUCUUCCUCAUCCUCCUCCCGUUUUUAACUUUCCAAUGAACCAGAGAGAGUACCAUAUGAAUGGAUUCUUCGAAGCACCGCCACCUGGAUCUUCUGUUUACAACAACACUGCUAACCAGGCAAGGUUUGGUUCUAACAGCAGCUCCUUGCCUUGCUCUAUCUCCAUGUUGGACGAAUACUUGUUUUCACAGAUGCAGCAACCGAACUGAGAGAGAGAGAUUUGAUGAAUGAUGAUGAUACAACAUCUUGUUGAAGAAGUCUCCAAUGUUUUUUUUGUCAGAUACAGCGAGAAGAAAAAGGUUCUGCAGAGUUCUUAAGUUGGUUCCAAGAAGAAGCAAAACCAGUGGUGUGAAUGCUGCUGGUAGAUUGCAACAAUACGUGAUUAUUAAUUUCUAUACAUAAUUUCUCCAUCGGAUGAGAGAAUCUGGGAUUUUUGAUGAAAAAAAGACAAGAGAGGUUUCCCCUUUUUUUUUGUGUGUUUCCGGCAGAUAUGUUUAGUGUUGUCUUUGGAGGCUGUCAAAGUAACGCCGUGACGGCCAGAGAUGAGAAAAAUCUCUCUCCUUCCCUUCCUACAAAACUGUAGUUUUUGUGUCUUUUUUUUUUGUUUUUUCUACCAUUCAUUCUUUGUAAAACAAAACAAAAACGAUGUUUAUUAUUUCAGUUAAAAACAUAACAAAUACAUUUACAUGUA